AUGUUCCCCCUCAUCCCAACACUCGUCCUCGCAUUCAUCUCCUUCCUCAGCUCAGCGUUCGUCAUUCUUCGCAUUAUCAUCCCCAUCCUUCCACCCCACCCCCUUAGCCGUCGAGUUCGCCCUUCCGAAUUUGGUCUUCCUAACUAUCGGUCAAUUUCCCCCGCAGAUAAGAGCCACCUCUGGCUCGCUUGUUGCGACCUCCUCGCCCUUAUCAUUUUCACAUGGCAGGCGGUCAACGAGUUCCUCGGCGGUCCAGGUGGUUACGCUCUCGUCAGUGAUCCCAGCGCCGCCGCCAGGAUUUGGUUCGCCGCGACGCUCAGGCAGACCUGCCUCCUGAUCAUCUCGGGCCUAACCCUCCUCCACGUCCGUAUGGGUCGUUCCGUGUCCUUCGGCAACAAGCACUGGAUGCUCUGGGCUCCUACCCUCGUCCUCAUCAUCACCUCCACUGCUAUGGCAGGUGUGUUCGCCGCGACCAGUGUCCACACUUUCUUCGGAGGCCUCGUUGCCUACUCUGCCGUCGUCGCGCUCCUCAGCACCCUAGCCUUCAGCUGCCUGGUCGGCACGCUCGUUAUCAUCAAGCGCAACCUCGCUGCCCUUGACGACAUUCGCCACCCGUGGCCCCCCGCCAAGGCCGUACAGAUGGAAGAGAAGCCCCGCCCGAGUUUCGCGGUCGAGGAUGUCGACGUCCUUAAGGACGGUUCAUCGUGGAUCACUUCCCGCGCCAGCUCCCGCGCCGAGAGCAUUUCUGCGUUCUCCUUCUCUACGCACCACUCUCGCGUGCCGUCCAACGCCAGCGCGCGGAUGCUCCCUCAUCCUGCGACCGCGUCGUUCCCCUCGCUUGCGCCCAAGUCCUCGUUCUGGUUCAACCCUGCCUCACCGUUUGGUUCCCAAGAGACGGUGCCCCCUGUGCCUCCCCUUCCUGCUCCUUACCGUCCUUCGUCCACAACGUCGGCGCAUAUCAACAGCGAUCCCGACCCGUUCAAGCGUCAGGCUCCCCGUAACGGCUCGCAGUCGUCUUGGCUCACGGAGCCCUCUCAAUACCAGCCUACUCUAUCCAACUGGUCGUUCCCUGCCACGCAGCCCCCUUCGCCCCCUCCGACAGCCGCUUCGUUGCCUGCUUUGGGCACCGACAUGCUCCCUUCUACCGCUGUCUCCCGACCCAUGACUCCUGCCAUGGCCAGCGCUGAGGUGCUCGGAGGUUACGGAUAUACUCCUGAGGGCGCCGAGGCCGAGAAGGGUUUAAACAGCUUCUCCUCCACGGCCUCCAACGAUCUCGAUAUGAGCAUCUUCCGUACCGCCGGUUGGAUGGUCUUGAUUUGGGUCCCCCAGGGUCUCGCGUUGCCUUUCAUGUUCAUGGCCUCGCCUUCCAGCCCUAUGAGUACUGUCGGUUCCAUCCUGUUCCUGCUGUCGGUUACCCUCUCUUCGCCGCUCCUCGCCGUCAACCUACUCUUCCGCUCGCCCAUCCCGAUCCCGUCUGAGCUUUUCGAGAGCUACAGCGAGCCUCCUUCUGCAGUCCUCCGUGCACCGUCCCCCCAGAGCACCGUUGCGUCUGCCUACAAGUAUUCGCACGAGUACAAGCGCAGCGGCAGCGUCACCGUCGUUGAGUCUCGCCGUAGCACGGAUGUCUGGCUCACUAACGGCGAUGCCGUCGACGGCAGGGGCAAGAUUGGUCGGGCUCUCGGACUCUUGCAAGCGAAGCCCAAGCUCGCCGUCCUCCCUUCCGAAGGCGAAAAAGUGCAAUACCAGGAACCCCUUACGCCUCCUCUCCCGAUCCAGGAUGUUUGCGACCGUUCGCUUCCGCCGACCCCUGCGCAGAGCGUUCGCAGUGAAGAGUUUGGCAGGACUCCCGGCCGAAGCCGCAAACACAGCAAGGCUUCCUCUUACUACUCUGGUGCAUCUGAAAGCCAGGUUUUCCAAACGCAGAUCCUCAUUGCCCAGCGCCACUACUCCGCCGUUGCACAGAUGGUUGCUGUACCACCUUCCCCCACUGGUCUAACUCACGAAGCCGGUCAGGACACUAGGGCUACUGCUGCUACAGGUGUUGAGUCCAAGCGCACUUCGCGUCACUCGCACCUUCGGGUCCGCUCCGUGUCGUCCGUCACCGGUGGUAGCAGUGUGGACUCGCGCUUCCCCGUGAGCCCUCCUCCCGCGUCGCCUCUUCCGCCCACGCCUCCCUCCGUACGCGAGCGCAAGGCGCGCAUGAUGGCCCAUCGCAAGACCCACUCGCAAUCGUCAUCUUCGGCCGGUUUCUCGUUUGGCCCCGUUGCUGGUGACGACAUGGCGGAGAUUGACGCGCUCUCGGCGAAGGUCCUUCCGCUCCUCGUUCCUGGGCUCAAGGUCGGCAAUGACAUCCGCGUGCGUGACGACUGGGAGUUCAGCCUGUCGUUCCGCAACCAGCACCACGCUUCGAACACUGGCACCGUCAAGAGUUCCAAGACCGUCCCGGCUGAACUUGGCGGAUAUUCCACGGACUUCUCUUCCCCCGUCGGGCACUCCACUCCUGCUGAGCAACCCAAGGCUGCCACGACCCGCGACCGCAAGGUGUCCGGCCAUCGUCGCAACCACUUUAGCCUUCCCAGCCUCAGCCUCGGCAAGGAUGGCAUUCACGCUCUCUCGACCUGGAGGAAUGACCUCAACCGCGCUCUGGAGACGAGGCUCGGACAGUUUGGUAACGGCAGCAACAGCGACCGUCGCAACACCGUCUAUGGCUUCGAGGGCGAGCUCGUCCCCAACUCUGCCUCGCACCUCAAUGUUGUCACUGAAGACGACGAGCUCCUCCGUCCUGCCUCGCCGAUGACCGCCAACUCCGAUCGACCUGUCUCCGCCCAGACCUUCGGCCACGAUGCGCUUCCUCUCCCGUCCACCGAGGGCCCCUACGCCACGUCGACCAAGGCCUCCUCGCGCCAGUCCCGCAACUCCCUCGCGACGCUCAUCAACGCUCUCGACCAGGAGCUCCGCAUGCCGCUGCCCCCUCCCUCCGCCGCGUCCGAGGUGACGCUCUUCGACUUCGAGAACGGCCAGCCCUUCGACUUCGCGCCCGACAACGACGGCCCGCUCGCGUCGAGCACCCCACACGAGUCGCAGCGCACGCAGGCCAAGUCCAAGAGCCGCGCGCCGCCCGUGCCGAAGCUCCGCGAGAUCGACACCGUCAAGGCCGCGCGCCGUUCAAGCAUCCGCUACAUCGUCUCCGACGAGAACGCGGCGCCCGCGUCGCCCCGUGUCGAGGUUGCCCGCUCCGAGUCGAGCGGGUCCGCGAAGAGCGUGGUCGCGCAGUGGGGCGCGCGCGCGAUCCGUCCGCUCGUGCCCAAGUCGCCGAAGAAGGGAAAGAAGAAGGCGACGACGAAGAUCGCGUCCCCGCCCGGCGGUGGCCUGCGCCCGCUUUCCCUGCUGCAGGACCGCGACGUGAACCAGGAGCGUGCCACAAAGCCGCUGAGCGUCGGGAAAAAGAGCAAGAACGGCGCAGACGAGAACGCGGACCCGUCGGGCGGCAUUCAAUCUAUGGUCAAGGCUGGCUUCAAGCCGCUCAAGCUCUCGCGCUCUGAGACGACGAAGGAGCGCGCUAUGCUCCGCCACAAGGAGGUCGUCCCCGAUGUUGUCAUCCGCCCUCCCUCCGAGGUUGACCGCGACGUCCUGCGUUACGGCUGGUGA